ACGCUAUGGAUUGUUGGAGGGGUUUGCUGUUGCGCCGAUCUUCUUCAUAUCUUUGGUUACUAAUGUGUAGAGCGUACCCUUAACAACCUGGUAGCAUGACCAAUCGCUCGCGGGUCACUGAUCAAUGCGCACGCCGGCAACUCCGGGAGUAUAAAAUGGGUUCGUCUUUUCUACUGCGGUUCUGGCUUCCACUUCGCCAAACGUGCUCGUCAAAGGAAAUACUAUGGCUGUCGCGUUCUUGUCGAGACUUCCCUCGAUCCCGUACCCUCCGGAGCAAGAUGGACGGUGGUCACCAGUCACCUCUACACUAGAUUGGUGUGAAGAAAACUAUGUUGUCACGCAAUACUCUGCGGAAAUCAUCAAUACCCUCACCAACCUCCUGUUCAUAUACCUAGCCGCCAAAGGAGUCCAAAACUGCCUGAAAAACGGACAUGAUACAGUGUUCCUCGUCGCCUUUGUAGGCUACGGAAUCGUUGGGACAGGCAGUUUCCUCUUCCAUGCCACACUGAAAUACCCCAUGCAGCUCGUAGACGAGCUAUCAAUGAUCUACACAACCUGCCUGAUGAACUACGCGACCUUCUCCUACGGCAAGUCUAGAGUGCACUCCGCGAUCCUGGCCAUGGGUCUGAUCUCUCUCGCCCUUUUCAUCACGCUGUACUACCACUACCUGCAAGACCCCACGUUCCACCAAAACGCAUACACCAUCCUCACGAUAGUGGUUUUGUUCCGGGCAAUGUACGUCAUGGAAGUCAACAUCCGGCCAAAGUUCCGCUCAAAGGAAAGAGAAGCAGCAGACCCGCACCCGCGCGAGAAUCAGGAACAGGAGGAUCUCAAAGCCCAGGAGACGUUGCGCACGAUGUGGAAGAUGAUCGUGUCGGGACUAAGUAUAUUCCUCGGCGGCUUUGCGGUCUGGAGUCUGGAUAAUGAGCAUUGCUCGACGUUGGUCGGGUGGCGGAGGGAGAUUGGGAUGCCCUGGGGGUUUUUUCUGGAGGGGCAUGGAUGGUGGCAUUUGAUGACGGGGGUUGGGGCGUAUUUUUACUUGGUUUGGGGUAUCUGGCUCCGGCAUUGUUUGAACUUUAAGCAGGAUGAGUAUGAGCUUUUCUGGCCGAAUUGGUGGACUAUGCCUAUGGUUGUUAGGCAGAAGAGGUCGAUGGUUAACGGCAAGGUGAAUGGGUAUGCGAAUGGUCAUGCAAAUGGACAUGCUAACGGACACGCCAACGGACAUGCGAACGGCGCGACGAAGAAGGAGUUGUGAGAUUGAAGUUUGUAUUUUGUUGGAUUUUAUUGAGCAUUACGGCUGCAGGUUUGUUGGUCCAAAUUAUGGAAAUGGUUCCAUGUGCUAGACAUACGAUAGAUAGACAAAUAGACAAGUAUAGAAUAAGAUAGACUAUGUGUG